AUGUCUUCAGGUUUCCAAGGAAAAUGUCGGAAGUUAUAUAUCGGUGGUUUAGUAGAAAAUGUCCUCAAAGACGACUUAGUCCGCGAGUUGUCUAAAUGUGGUGAAGUAGUUGAUGUGUGGGUUGCCAGAAACCCACCAGGAUUCGCGUUCGCUGAAUAUGUAAAGUCAUCGGAUGCCGAGAAAGCAGUAAGAUCUCUUAAUGGUAUCAACGUUUGUGGCUCAAGAAUCAGAGUUGAGUUCGCGCACGGUGGUCGUACUAAAAGCGCUAUCGAAAUAGCCAGCGCUGCUACUGCGUCGGGCUACCCCUACGGGGUAUCAGGCUAUCAGUCCGUGCUGCCAUUUCUCCCAUCUACGGAAUUCAUACGAUCCCUACAAAGUCAGUCACGUCGUCGGUCAUCUCCUGGGAGAAUCCAGUUUCCAGUGAACCAAAGAGGACAUUCUCCAAUAUCACGACGAAGGAGUCGAAGUCCACUAGGUGUUCCAGUGGGAAGACCACGAGGUCGAAGCCCGUUGGAAUAUAACGGUAGGAGUAUGAGCCGCCACCUCGACAUGCGCGGCCGUGGAGGCUACAGUGACUUUUCACGCUCUCGAAUACCCAGGGGGCCUCGCACAACCUAUUCACCGCCUUUCGUGAGAGAAAUAAAUGGUAGACAUGAUGAAUCACGUGGACGAAGGGGUCGAGACGAUCGUCGCCGACGUUGA